UAGCAUGCUAUUGUGCAAAGCAAACUCUUAAGUCAACUUUGCCGUGUGCGGCAGCGUGGAAACGGACGAGAGCAGGUAGCUGACUGAAUCGGCAACAAAGUUGAAUUUAUCGACAUUAAAGAGGACGCGUGCUGCGAAACUUACGGCAACAAAUGUCCCUGCAUAUUGACUCGCCUGAUAAGUGCCUAGUUUACAUGGAAUAACAUUUGUUUGAGCGUGUAUGGACUGAAACUCUUUUGAAGUUAGCUUGAAAAAGCAUAGGAGGACAAUGAAUCUUUCUUUUGACGACCCGUCACUGGACACCUUAGACUCCAGUUUGUCUUUACACGAUCCGAGUGAUAUUGACACAGCCCUGCUCAAUGACAUCGAUGACAUGCUCCAGCUUAUCAGUAACCAAGACAUGGAGUUCGGAGGGCUGUUUGAUCACGCUCCAUUCCCCGCUCCCCCUGCCCCCACACCGGACCUUUCAGGCCUGCCUUACUCCAACCCCUCGUCUCCUCCACCCACCUCCUCUGUGCCCACCACCACCUCCUCCAUCCUCAGCAGCAGCCCUCACCUGGACGCCCUGCUUGGCCCCCCCAUCACCCGCAGCUCCUCCAUCCCAGACAAGGGGUUCCACCCUUACACAUUUCAGCAGUCUCCGCUGGCCCAGGUGACCUCCACCCCAGGAAACCCCACCACACUGCAGACUACGCAACCCAAAGCUCAGCCUGCUCCAUCUCCCAGCCUCCAUCCUUCCACCCCAGCUGGGAAGAGCCCAGUGCUUGGCUCCACUCAGCAGACUCCCUUCAGCUCGCCUACACCCCAACCGCAGCAGCAGCCCAUGGUCACUUACCCCAACCAGAAUGGCUACACUGCUGUCAAUCAGCAGAUCUCCCCUCAGCCAAUCAUGAGUCUCCCCGCCUCUCCCAAGAAAGUUCAGCCAAUUGCCAUUCAAGCUCAGGUGCAGAGCCUCUCGACUUCACCUGUCCUGACCACCUCCUCCAGCCCACACACACAGACCAUCUCCCCUCAUGUUCAGCAUGUACCUUUUUUGUUGCAGCCUCAGUUCAUUAAGGCUGAGUCUCUCUUGCUAACUACUCUGAAACCUGAAGUAUCCAUAGUAACAACAGUAGCAACACCCUGCAUCACAUCACUAGCUACAUCCACUGCACCGGUCCAGAACACCUCACUGCAGGCUCUGAUGAGUGGCGGCACCAUCCUGACCACCAUUCCACUAGUAAUGGACACGGAGAAAAUGCCCAUCAACCGCAUCACCAUCAGUGGGAAACCAGGCAGCCAGCCGCACAAGGGUGAGAAACGCACUGCCCACAACGCCAUUGAGAAACGCUACCGCUCCUCCAUCAACGACAAGAUUAUCGAGCUCAAAGAUCUGGUGGCGGGAACAGAAGCUAAGCUCAAUAAGUCAGCAGUGUUGAGGAAAGUCAUUGAUCACAUACGCUACCUUCAGAAGUCCAACCAAAAACUGAAGCAGGAGAACAUGGCUCUCAAAAUGUCCAUCCAGAAUAACAAGUCUCUGAAAGAUCUUGUGACCAUGGAGGUGGAUGUGAAACCAGAGAUUCCCACCCCUCCAUCCUCAGAUGCUGGCUCCCCACAGUCCAGCGGACCCUACUCCCAUCACAGCAGCGACUCAGAACCUGACAGCCCAAUGGGAGAAGACAGCAAGCCGGUGGUUGAGAGGACUGGAGGAAUGCUGGACCGCUCUCGCAUGGCUCUGUGCGCUUUCACCCUCCUCUUCCUGUCCUUUAACCCAUUGGCAUCUCUGCUGUGUGGGGCCUGGAGCAGCUCUGGAGCAUCUGUCUCAGGACAUGCAGGAAGCAGGAGUAUGCUGGCAGUGCCGGAAGCAGAUUCAUGGGGUUUGAUGGAUUGGUUGUUGCCCACUUUACUGGUGUGGUUGUUGAACGGUAUUCUGGUUGCUGGAGUUCUUAUCAGAUUGCUAGUGUAUGGAGAACCUGUGACCAGACCCCACUCAGAAUCAUCUGUCCUCUUCUGGAGACACCGCAAACAGGCAGACCUGGACCUAGCCAGGGGAGACUUUGCUCAGGCCUCUCAGAACCUGUGGACGUGUCUCAAAGCUCUCGGCCGUCCUCUGCCCACCUCUCAGCUGGAUCUGACCUGUGCUGUGCUGUGGUCCGCUCUGCGUUUGUGUCUGCAGAGAGUGUGGGUCGGUCGCUGGCUGGCCAGUCGAGCUGGAGUCCUCCGUUCCAAUCGGCCCCUACAGGAGGACGCCCGCAAGAGCUGCCGUGAUGCUGCCUUGGUCUACCACCGUCUACAUCAACUCCACAUGACUGGCAAGCUUGGUGGCAGCCAUCUCUCUGCGAUCCACAUGGCUCUGAGUGCGCUCAAUCUGGCCGAGUGUGCAGCAGCCUGUCUCCCUGUUGCAACACUGGCAGAAAUCAACGUGUCUGCAGCCCUCCGAGUCAAAACCAGCCUACCCCGUCUGCUUCACUUCACCACUCGAGUGUUCUUGAGCAGCGCUCGACAGGCCUGUCUCUCGCCCAGUGGCAGUGUCCCUCCCGCUAUGCAGUGGUUGUGUCACCCUCUUGGUCAUCGCUUCUUUGUGGAUGGAGAAUGGUCCAUACGCAGCACCCCUAAAGAGAGCGUCUACAGCCAGGCAGGAAACUCAGUUGACCCGCUGGCUCAAGUGACCCAGGCGUUCCGUGAGCAUCUGUUGGAGAAGGCCCUGUACUGUGUGGCACAGCCGCAGGGUGAUAACACCCUCACUGAUGGGGAAGGAGAAUACUCUGACACUCUGGAAUACCUGCAGUUACUCACCAGCGCAUCAGACGCAGCCGGAGCCACAACACAAUCCUUCGCCAUUGGAUCCAACAUGGCCACUGUUACAGGCUGUGACACUCACUCGAAAUGGUGGUCGUCGGUCGCUGUGGUGAUCAUUAAUUGGCUCCAGGGAGAUGACGUGGCAGCUGAGAGACUCUACCCAGCGGUGGAACACCUACCACGCAGUCUUCAGUCCGCAGAGAGUCCACUGCCCAAAGCCUGUCUCAACACUUUUAAAGCCAUGCGCACUCUGCUGGCCAAACCAGAGAACUACCAGCUCAGCCUCAGUUACUGUGAGAAAGCCAGCGGCCUCUUUAGAGACAGCCUCAACCUUGGGCCACACUGCAACACCAACACUCUAGACAAGCUGGUGCAGUUGCUGCUGUGUGAUCUGUUGUUGGUGACACGCACUAACGUGUGGAGGGAGCAGCAGGUGGUGUCACAGCAGAGCUCUCCGACGGCCGCAUCACCCGCAGAGCUGCAGGGCUUCCAGCAGGACUUGAGCUCUCUCCGCAAACUCGCACAGAGCUUCAGACCAGCCAUGCGCAGGUUGUUCCUGCAUGAAGCCACAGCCCGGCUGAUGGCAGGAGCCAGUCCAACACGCACACACCAGCUCUUGGACCGCAGCUUGCGUCGCCGUGCCACACCUGGCAGUAGAACAGAAGAGUGUGAGAUGCAGCCAGGACAGCGAGAACAGGCAGAGGCCGUGAUGCUGGCAUGCCGGUAUCUGCCCCCCUCCUUCCUGUCAGCUCCAGGGCAGAGGGUGGGCAUGCUGGUCGAUGCCGCCCGGACACUGGAGAAAUUGGGGGACAAACGCACCCUUCACGACUGCCAACAGAUGAUCAUCAAACUAGGCAGCGGAACCACAGUCACAUCCACCUAACCAACCAACCACACACACAGACACACACUUAAAAGCACUUUCACGAACACAUCCCAUGAUCUCUCAGUAGAGAAUGGCAAGCUUUUGAUUCAGUCACGGUGAAACAGGAAGUCAGAGACUAGUCGAGGGUUUUGGCUUUCAAAUCGUUCCACUCUUCCCCAUUCAAGACGGCAUAUCAAAUCCCAAGAUAGAAAGGCAGGGUAAACAGUGGGACCCUCUUUUGAAGUAUUUUGUUGGCUUUUUUGAUAUGACAUGAAUUAUUUAACUUAUUUAUCGGCCCUGAAAAAGAUUGAAAAAAAGUUAUUUUUUAUUCCAUUUCCUUUGUGAAAUGGCCUUGUGUAACUAUGCACUGUCUAAUCCGGCUAUUAGAUUACAUUUUUGGCUGGCGGGUUUGACUGGUUGGUCGAAUUCGAUGUGUAUUGUUGACCUUUUCUACUUGAGCACCUUUUAGAGAAAAAAAACAUUUGAAAUAUCCUGAUAUCUUGGUGUAGAUGUCUUCGAGGAGACACAAACAUGAGUUGAAAAGCUAAAUUAGUUCCUGCUUCACUGCAUGCUAUCGUCUGGGAUGAUAUUGGUUUCGUGAGAAUUAAGGCUUUAUAAAAAAAUAAACUCUUUUUCUUUGUAUAUAUUUUAAAUAAGUGUAUUUAUGGUUUGUCUGAUGCUGUUGGUGAGCAGUAUUUGCAAAGAAGGGUAAUGGUAGAACUUGCUGAACUUAAGACCGCUUGAAUGAUUUCUGUCAGCAAAACUGGUCUCGGAACAGCCGAAACGAAAAAUAUCUACCUGCAGCCACCGAAUGAUGUUGGUCACUGGAUUUGUGUCCAUUUGCACUAUUGAGUGAGUGGGCUGCUUGGUCGCCUACAGACAAAAAAGCCCAGCGUUUGCCAUUGAAUCCAAUAUUUAGGUUGUGUUUCCAACCGGGACGGUUGUAAGUCUUCCAGUGAAUUUCAUCUGCAUCGAAUGUUAGAGGCAUCAGCGUUAAUAUCUUCAUCCAAAGAUUCAAAACCGAUACGAGGAUAUACCUGCAGCUCUUUUUAGGAAGAGAACCAUAUUUAUAUGUUAUUUCUAGCCCCGUUAUGAACUCUGAUUAAUAUACCUAUUUUAUAUUCGCAGUAACUGGGAGAGAUUUGCAAUUGACAUUCAUGACUUGUACGCUAACCUUUCUGUAGUGCUUGUGAUCAAGUCUCAAAGACAAAAUGUGUUUAAACUUGCUACGCACAUACAGUAUAUCCUGUUGUCUCUGAUUUAUUCUUUACAAAAUGUAAAUAAAAGUCUUUUGUAAUGAAAUCCUUCAUUGUGUCUUUCUCAUGAUGUUAUGACC